AUGAUUCCUGCCACAGCCACAGCUUCCUCGGAUGACCGCAGGCACCAGAUAGAUCCUCGACAAUCAGACGAUAGAAUGCCCACCAACCAACAGAAAUCAACGCCUAGGCGCCACCAGCGAUCAACAAUUGCUUGUGAGACCUGCAGACUUCGCAAAGUGAGAUGCAGUCUCAACAUUACCGGUAUUCCUUGCAUUGGGUGCGCACAGGAUAACACACAAUGUAUCGUGGAUCAGAAAAGACAGGAAAGGCUUCGCCGCACUCGGACGUCUAGAGUUCAGCAACCUCAUACCCCUUCGAACAACGUCCUGCCGGGUGUGAGCCGCGCAACCCGGCCCCAGGUUAUCUCGUCGCCUGCCCCUGACUAUCCCCGAGAGACGAUACAUCAAUACGCGACCGAUCCUGUAUCCAGAAGGGGCACACCUUUGCUGCCCAAUGACGCAGAAAGCGAGGAGCGUUAUGGACUCGAGAUCGCCGCCGCUGCGUUGGGACAGCCUCAAAGAGCCGGAAGAGUGCCUUUCUACUCCGGAGCAGGAACUGGGCCAACAUCUGCUCUGGAAAUAUGCUUUUCCGACCAGUCGCUGUCGAGACAUUUCCUCGUGCCGUCGAGCCCGGCUGUUCAUUUGGCGGAGGAGGAUAAGAAGUACCUCGAAAGCAAGGGUGUAUUCACAAUGCCUGGCUCAACAACAUGCGAGAGUCUUUUGCGAGCCUACUUUCAUCACGUACAUCCGAUCAUGCCGAUCCUUGAGCCAGACGUAAUUCUCGAACACCACCGCACCGGCCGAUUACCGGAAAACAACGUCUUGAUAUUUUGGUGCAUCUUUUUCGUGGCGUCGAAUUUUAUUGCUCCUGAUGUAUACGAGCAGGAAGGGUACGGAUCACGCAAAGAAAUGAAGGCGGCGAUGUACGCUCGAGCAAACUGCAUGUACAAUCACGGAGGAGAAAUGGACAAGAUCAUUCUACUGCAAGCAUCGUUGCUGAUGGCGUUCUGGCAUUCCGAAGCCGACGAACACACACAACCAUGGUACUGGAUGGGCAUCGCCAUCAGCUUUUGCCAAAUGUUAGGUCUUCAUCGAGACCCUGAUCUAUCCACUUACAAUUCCUCGAUCACGGAUCGCCAGCGACACCUCUGGCGAAGAUUAUGGUGGACUUGCUUUUCGCGCGAUCGGUGGUUGAGUCUGACCUUGGGCAGACCGUUGCGAAUCAACCUCCAUGACUGCGAUACGCCAACGCCGUCUGUCAACGACUUUCUGAGCGAUGUUGUAGACCUGUCUCCACAAAUGGCAUCCUACUUACCAGAGAAUCUGGAAGAAUUGGCUAAUCAUUGGGUCAAGUACGUGGAAAUCAGCGCUAUGCUAGGCGAUGUGAUUAGCAUGCACUACCAGGCAAGGAAGCCUAGGCCGUCUCUACAAGACGUCAAGGACAUGGAAAAUAGGAUAUCUCAAUGCAGGGUUCCAGAACAAGACAAUCCGAUCUUAUCUCGUGUGGCUAUUUUCAGCAUCUAUCACCUUCAGUUGCACUAUCAUGCGCUUGCGGGAACAUUCUAUCGCCCAUUUACCACCAUGUUGCCGGAAGACCUCGACCCAGGUGAAAAAGAAAGCUGGCAGCAUCGUAUGCGACUGAAGGCCGACGCAGCAGCUUCUCACACAAAUACCGUCGUCGAAGCUAUUGCUCAAGACGGCCUGCUUGAAUUUGCGGGGCCCAUGACGCCUCCCCUCCUCGUCCCAGCAAUGCAAACAAACCUCCUCAACUGCAAGAUCGGCAAUUCUUUAUCCAAGCGCCUCCGCUUCAACAAACUUAGCAUGUGCAUGAUGGUGAUGGAAGAACUCCAGAAAACAUACACCGUUGCGUCCAUUUACCGCGCCAUCUUCGCAAAGGCCAUUCAGCUACUCUUCCCAGAGAACACAGAGACUACUUUGCUAGGAUUCCCUCAUAGUGACGCAAAUGAUAAUCCAACCGAUACCUCGGGGUUGGAAGGGGCUGGUGAAGUUGCAGGGACAGCGGAAAUCGGGGCCGUCAAUGCGCCUGGCUAUAACGAUAUCUCAGCGGACGAUUUUGUUGAUCUGCUCAUGGACGAAGCUUCGAUAUUCAAUUUUUGGGAUACAUGGACUCGAACAUGA